UCCAUUAUAGGAACAAAAUAAAAGAGAAUAAAAAAUCUGUAAUCAUCAAAAGAAACUUUACAAUAACACUUAAAAAGAGGUCAAUUAAAUGAGUAGAUGUUCACGGGAAGAGGCGACUAAUACAAUUUGCAUCUUUUCUGGUAAUUAUCUUUUCAAAAUUUUUAUUAUUAACUAUCCUUUGCGAAUUUUUUUUUUUUUGAAUAUUUUAAGAGCAAAUGCUAAGGUUUUUCUUUUUAUAUUUGUUUUUGAACUUAACGCUAAGUUGUAUUAAUAUUUAUGUUAAUAGAGGUUAUGAGCAUUUAUUAAUUAUGCAGCAACAAACUAUUAAUUAAACCGAAAACGUUUCUAAAUCUUUUGAAAUAAAGGGCUUCACCGUCUAACAUGAAGAACAGACUGUAAACAUUGAUUAAUUUUGUUAAUGAGAAAAUGGAGCCAGGGCUCGUGCUUGUUACAAUACUUUGCCUCUGUGUUUCUCUGCAUUCUCUUUUCAAUCUCUUCUUCCAUGCCAAAAGACUUCCACCAGGACCUCCUACCGUACCUAUCUUAGGAAACUUGUUAUGGCUUCUCAAAUUUUCUAAGAAUUUCUCUUCCAUUGAGCCACUUCUUCGUCAACUUCGCGCCAAAUAUGGCCCUGUCGUUACCCUUUACCUGGGUUCUCGACCUUCCAUUUUCAUAACCACCCAUGAAGCAGCCCAUCGAGCCCUUGUACAAACUGGCUCACUGUUUGCUAGUCGCCCGCCUGCUCUUACCACCUCCAGCAUCUUCUUCAGUAAUCAACAUACUGUUAGUACUGCUCCUUAUGGCGCCCUUUGGCGCUUGCUUCGUAGAAACUUCAUGUCUCGUAUUCAUCCUUCUCGUUUACAUUUAUAUUCUCAUGGCCGAAAAUGGGCAUUGAGCGUACUAAAGAAUAAGCUUAUGGCUGAUGUAGAUCAGUCAUCAAACAAUACGGGAAUUGUUGUCGUUGUCGGUCAUUUUCAGCAUGCUAUGUUUUGCUUAUUAGUGUGCAUGUGUUUCGGGGAGAAACUUGAAGAUAAUGUCAUUAGAGAGAUUGAGGCUGUGCAGCGUGCUUCUCUCACAAAUUUUAUUAGAUUCAACGUCUUCAACUUCAUUCCAAAAUUGGGUAAAGUUUUGUUUCCAAGUUUAUGGAAACAACUUUUAGAAAUUCGUCGGAACCAAGAGAAUGUCCUUCUCCCUCUUAUCAAAGCAAGACAAGAAGAACACAAGUGCGAUAUGAACAGAGCAUCCUAUGUUGAUUCUUUGCUCCAUCUUCGAAUCCCAGACAGCGGAAGAGAGUUCUCAGAUGGGGAAUUGGUGAGUUUAUGUUCAGAAUUUAUUAACGGUGGAACUGAUACUUCCACCACCACAUUACAGUGGGUAAUGGCUAAUUUAGUCAAGCAACAAGAAAUACAAAAGAAACUGCUGAAAGAAAUCAACAGUGUAACAGAAGAAGGUAGGGAAAUAGAAGAAGAAUAUCUCAAGAAAAUGCCAUAUUUGAAGGCAGUAAUUUUAGAAACUCUCCGGAGACACCCUCCUGGACACUUCAUAUUACCAAGAGCAGUAACGGAAGAAAUAAAGUUUAAUGGCUAUGAUAUUCCCAAGAAUGCAAUAGUGAAUUUUACAGUAGCUGAAAUGGGAUGGGAUCCAAAAGUGUGGGAAGACCCAAUGGAGUUUAAGCCAGAAAGGUUUAUGAACAACAAUGGAGAAGAAAAGGAAGAGGAAGAGGUAAUAUUGUUUGAUAUAAAAGGUAUAAGAGAGAUUAAAAUGAUGCCAUUUGGUGCAGGGAGAAGAGUUUGCCCUGCCAUUUCUAUGGCAUUGCUUCAUCUUGAAUAUUUUGUAGCAAAUUUGGUAAGGGACUUUGAAUGGAAUGAUGAAAAUGGGUGUGGAGAAGGGGUUGAUUUGUCAGAGAUUCAAGAGUUUACCAUGGUCAUGAAGAAUCCACUUAAGGUUCGUAUCACUCCAAGAAGACAAAUAACAUGAAUUUCAAGCCCAUGCUUCUUAUGAAAUAUUCAAUUUGAAUUGUAAUUGUAUAAAGGGUGGCACUAUUUCUAGACCAUUUUCCAUAGGCCAGGGCAGAACCUUAGUACAAUUUACUGUUUAACAUAGCCAAUCCUUGUUCAA